AUGGAGGAUGAAUCUGACGUUUCCUCGGAGAAGAAAAAGCAUGGGAUAAUUGAUAAUGACCUCAAUGAAACUCCACUACCUUCCUGGCGUUUACAGUCCGAGCUUUCCGAUACUACUUACGAUGAACUUUCACAUCCCUAUGAAUUUGCCUCACAGCAUUUCCGUUCAGACAAUUACCUUGCCGAUUUCGAAAUCCCGGAGAUGGAAUUCGACGAGUUCGGUAUAGAGCUGGCCGGCGAUAAAGAAUCCUCUCCUGAUUUGAAUGCGUACUGCACCGAACGAAUGACGUCAAAUGGGUUGAUUGACGAGGAUUUCGAGCGGGAGUUGGGUUUUGCGUCCCGAGAGUUAAGCGUCCAAGAUGUGAUCGACUCGGAUUUCGCGGACAUCUCAAGGUUGGGCCUUCUCCAAGUGGCUGGAGAUGACAAGCUGGGUCGUAAGGUUAUCGUAUUCUCCGCCUGCAGAUUACCUGCAGUGGAUUUGAUCGAUCAUCAGCGGCUUCUGCUUUACAUUACCAAGACACUGGAGCAAUAUGUCAUCCACGACUACUGUCUUAUCUACUUCCACUGCGGUCUGACGAAUAGAAACAAACCUCGAUUCGGAUGGCUCGUCCAGGCCUAUCGCACACUUGACAGGGAUUUCCGCAAAAAUCUCAAGGCCCUAUACAUCGUCCAUCCUACGAUGGGAAUCAAAUUCCUGUGGUCUUUGUUUAAACCGUUUAUCAGCUCCAAAAUGGCUCAAAAAGUUGCGUACAUCGAGGAACUGAAGCAGUUGGAGGAUGUUGUCUUUCUCAACCAGAUUCCCAUCCCACAUCGCGUGUUGGAAUACGAUAAACUGGUCGGUGCCAAACUCAGGUCCAUUCAUGAAGCAACUGCGCCGGCACACAACGCUGGCAAUCUGAACAUCGCUCCUCGGCGGACCGACAUAGCUUCGGUUAUUUCCGGUGCCUUCGAUGAUCAAUACGAAGACGUUCCCUGCGAACCGCAACAACAAUUUAACGUCUCCUUACAGUUUAUUAAGAUGAACAAUGGAGGUCGGACCAUUCCGGUUGUCGUGGAGGAUGCGGUGGAUUUCAUCCGGGAGCGCGGUAUGGAUGUUGAAUGGAUCUUCCGGCGUUCCACCAGCGUCAUCAAGCAGCGCAGUGUUCAGGAAGUGUACAAUCGGGGCCUCCCAGUCGACCUUCGUGAGUACAACGAUCCCCAUUUGGCUGCUGCGUUACUGAAGUCAUUCCUACGCGAGCUCACCGAGCCACUACUCACCUUCGAGCUGUACGAUGAUAUUCUCAGCAUCAGUAAUUUACAGGCUCGACACAAAGUGUCUGCCAUCAAGGAACUGGUGGCCACAAAACUACCCGAUGACAAUUAUGAAUUGUUGAACUAUCUCAUGCGUUUUCUGACCGAAGUAACUGAACACUCAACGCAGAACAAAAUGAAUGCCACGAAUCUGGCCGUGGUUUUCGGACCUUGUCUCGUCUGGUCACGCCAACAGACCUCAUUGAACGCUAUCACUGUGAUCAAUGCUUUUGUCCAACUCCUCAUCACUCACUACGAGGCCAUAUUUAUCAAGUGA